AUGGGAAACCCCAAGCCUGGAACGGCCGCCUACGAGAAGAAGGGGGAGCGCAACUGCGUUGUGGACAGUGAUAACACCGCAGCUUACGAUUGGGCAAUCUGCAUCUCGAGCGUUGUGAUUCGGAGAGGCCAAGCCCCGCCCACUUCUCCCUGCGGCAACGUGGCCGCCAUCAACCCCGCGGUGGUGCUGCCAGGUAGCCUGGGGACUUCGCUCGGCCUGCCCGGCUACGCGCCAGGCUUAACGUUCGGCGAGUCGCUGCAGCACAUCGAAAACAUGAAGGCGAACGACCACCCAUGCGUCCACGUCAGCAGGCUGGAUACGGCAGGGCAGUGCGCAAUCGCCGAUCUACCCGCGCAGUUCGCGACGGAGUGCAGCAAGAUGAUCGUGCACUUCGCGGAUUACCUGGGCGACUACGAGGGCGACAUCCCAUGGGGAACUCUGCGCGAUUGCGCGAAGACUUGCGACUUCAAGAACACGCCCGAGCCCUUCUCCCUGAAGAAGGAGCCACCUGGCCAGUACUCCAUGCAGGCGUUCGUCAUCAAGAAGCCCGACGGCAAGCACGACAUCCUGAAAGACGUGAACCUCCUGGGGGUGUCCACCAGGACGGAUUCGUGCCUUCAGAUGUGUCGCGGCACUGGCCUGAUAUGGCGCUACGGCAUCGAGUUUAGGGUUGGGCGCCUGGCCGUGCAGCACAUGUUGGAGAAGCUGGAGGGGUACCAGUUGCGCUACCACACCGUGGUCGCGAAACCUGGCAAGGGGCCUUCCAGGAAGACGGCCGAGUGGGAGCUCAAGGCCGCGGGGUACAAGUUCACACGGGAGAAAGGGCCGCGCACGAACAAUGCGAACCAAUUCAUGGAGUUCGCGGAUCGGGAGAGCUGUCGGCCAGAGUCUCCUACGUUCGGGUGGGAGGAGGGCCGCGUCGAGAGAGCCCUGAAUAACUACGCGAAGGGCAGGGCAGACGCCAAGGGCCUCGCGAUCUGGAUCCCGACGCUUCGCGACUUCGAGCCUUGGUUCCUCAACAACGUGAUCAAGCCCAUCCUGGAAGCCGUUGGCUUUCAGGAUGAGCCCGGCGGCGCCAUGGCGCAGCAUGCCGACAUCAAGGAGUACCGCGAGGAGCUCCGCAAGGCAGACAUCAUUUCCCGCGAGGACUUCUUGCGCCUGGUGAAGCACGCAAGGGUCGCUGACACUGGGGCGCACGCGAACGUACCCUCUUUGCUCGCCCUCAUUUUCGCGAAGGUGAUGGGCUUCAUCUCCGACAAGUGCACGUGCCCGUGCUGCGGUGGGAAUGACUAUGAAGUCGUGCACCGCAAGGACAAGAGCGCAUGGGCAUGGCGCUGUCGCGACUGGAGUGGCACAUGUGAUUCGUGCAAGCCUGAGAGCCACAAGUCUAUGACGAAAGGCACCGUCUUCGAAGGCGUGCAGUGUAAAUCGUGGAUGGAUCUCUUGGAUGUGACGACGACGUGGCUGUUCGACUACCCCAAAAGGAUCAUGGGGAGAGAGUCUGGGAGCCACCACUGCGUGAUCGAUAUGUGGGGUUCUACGUUUCAGACAAAGGUUGCAUCUGCGCUCCACGCGGCCAUGGCAUCGAACGGGUACUGGCCGAAAACGAGCAAGAAGCCGAAGCGGAAGAGGGGCGCUCAGGCGAAAUCCCGCGCCAGGGUCCGAGCGGUAGCCAAGGCGGCCGCCCCUCGGAGGAACGCCGGUGUCGGCCUCCGCAAGAAGAGCGAGAUCAAGAACUACAAGAUCGUCGUCCAAGUGGAUGAAGCGCACCUGAACAAGCGGAAGCCUGGUCGACUCGCGCGAGCGGCGCGCCCCCAGAAAGAUCAGGUGAGGGUGUGGGGUGCAACUGUCCAGGGCCGCCCUGAUGUCUGGCUCUUCCGAGUCCCCGACCACCCCCUGGACGCCUUCAAGUGCAAGCCGCGGGGGCACGACGAGAUGCUGACGAGCAUGCACCUUCUCGGCCUCAAGAAGGGCACUGCGCUGGUCAGCGACUCCUGGGGCGCCACGAUCUCGGCCGUGAAGGAGUUCAAGAAGCUCAAGCGCUGGACGGUGAAGGGCCUGCGCCGCGAGCUCGUCGCGCACUCUGCAGGCGAAAUUGUGAACCCGAACGGGUUCGCAACCAACGGCAUCGAGGCCGUGUGGUCCGUAGUCAAACGCUGGGUUCGCCGCCGCUGCGGCGGUAGAAUGCCGAGUCACUCGGGCCGCGAACAGCGGCGCGCGCUGCUGGCGGAGCUGCAGUGGCGCAAGAUGAACGCGCACAAGACGUUGGAUUGGGGAAAUGCGUACUUCGUGCCGUUUGCCGCCCUUGCCGCCGCCUGCAAACCGCUCGAGUGA